CCCCUUCAAGAAGCCGGCUCGGGGCGCGCUCACCCCGUGAGGAGGCCGGAGGCCGCACUCGGGAGGCGCGCUCUCCGCUCCCGGAAGAUCAUGUAUCAGCCCAGCAGGGAGGCGGCCCGGCGUCUCGGCCCCUGCCUCCGCGCCUACCAGGCGCGACCCCAGGACCAGCUUUCUCCAUGGGCUCUGCCAUUUCCACCCUUAUGGCCCCCUCCCACAACUUCCACUUCUCCAUCUUCUCCUCCUUUCUGGUCUCCCCAACCCCCACACCCUGCCACCCAGCUGCUUCCCCGAGCUCCCCCACUACCUCUCCCUCAGGUCCAGGCCCUCAGCUCACCAUGGGUGGUUCUCCCUCCAGGAAAGGGGGAGGAGGGGCCAGGACCUGAGAUGCACAGUGGCUGCCUGGAUGGGCUUAGGAGCCUGUUUGAGGGACCUUCCUGCCCCUAUUCUGGGGCUUUGAUAUCUUUCCAAGCGCCUGUGACUGCCCGCCCUUCGCCUGCCACUCCAUCAGGAGAUCCGAGUAUGGAGGAGCACCUGGCUGUCAUGUAUGAGAGACUGAGACAAGAGCUUCCCAACCUCUUCCUUCACUCCCAUGACUACACUCUCUACUCGUCGGAUGUGGAAUUCAUCAAUGAGAUCCUGAACAUACGUACCAAGGGCCGGACUUGGUAUGUUCUGUCACUAACCCUGUGCCGUUUCCUGGCCUGGAACUACUUUGCACAACUUCAGUUGGAGGUUCUCCAGUUGACCCGCCACCCCGAGAACUGGACCCUGCAAGCCCGCUGGCGGCUCGUGGGGCUGCCCAUCCACAUGCUCUUUCUGCGUUUCUACAAGCGUGACAAGGAAGAGCUUUACCGGACCUACGAUGCCUAUUCCACCUUCUACCUGAAUUCCAGUGGCCUCAUUUGUCGCCAUCACCUAGACAAACUGAUGCCUUCACACUUACCCCCAACACCUGUGAAGAAGCUGCUUGUGGGAGCCCUGGUGACUCUGGGGCUGUCAGAGCCAGAACCCAGCUGGCACCUGUGUGCCAAGGCCUAACCAGGAGCUGGGGCAGGGGCGGCACUGAAGACUUUGCUACGCACAAGAGGAGGUGGGGAUAGCCAGCUUCUUCCCCUCUCCUUCCUCCCUUCCCAUUUCUUGCUGUGUAAAGCUGCUGUGUAAUUUAACUUGUAAAUAAUAAAAUCUAAGUGAAAACAUGAGAUUGAAUGUCCAUUUCACUUUCUCUGGAGUCUAAAAGUUCCUACAAGCUUUAUUACAAAACCACUUUUAUUAAUAUUCAGUAAUGUGUAGCAGGAGAA